AUGAAGAAGAUGGCAGCUUUUGGUUAUGCACAGGUACUUGUUCUUCUUGCAAUUGCUUGCAUGGUGACUGUUUGCCAGGGCCAGGCAGAGACCAUUGUCGUUGGAGGAUCUGAGAACUGGCGCUUCGGCUUUAACUACACCGACUGGGCUCUCAAACGUGCUCCUUUCUACAUAAAUGAUACUCUAGUAUUCAGAUAUGAUCCGCCAAGCAACACCACCCCUGCUGCACAUAGCGUGUACUUGCUGCCAAACCUGUGGAGCUACUUAACGUGCGAUCUUCGGUGGGCAAAACUGCUGGCAAAUUCGACACAAGGAAGUGGCGAUGGAUUCGCAUUUGUGCUGAGCCAGUGGAGGGUUUACUACUUUGCUAGCGGUGAGGGCAACAAACUCAAUGACUGCAGGGUCGGGGGGAUGAAGUUCUUCGCCAUUCCUUUGCCCCGUCGUCGUCGUGCUUGA